AGGAGUCUUCCAAAGGCAAAGGUCAUGGACUUGCUUAUAUCCAUGGCCAUCUUGUCUCUAUUCUUCAGCUGCAUGGGUGUCUUCAGCCUUUUCAAGUUGCUGCAGCGGAUGCGCAUGAAGGCCUACCUGCAGGACGCUGUUGUGGUCAUCAUGGGUGCCACCUCUGGGCUGGGCAAAGAAUGUGCCAAAGUGUUCCAUGCUGCAGGUGCUAAGCUGGUGCUCUGCGGCCGCAACAGGAAGGCCCUGGAAGAACUCACCAAAGACCUUGCUACUCAAUGUGCCACCAAGGUGCAGACACACAAGCCUUACGCAGUGACCUUCGACCUGGCAGACCCCAACACCAUUGCUGCUGCGACAGCUGAGAUUCUGAAGUGCUUUGGCCAUGUAGAUAUACUGGUCAACAAUGCUGGUAUCAGCUACCGUGGUGCCAUCGUAGACACCACUGGAGAUGUGGACAGGAGAGUGAUGGAGACAAACUACUUUGGUCCUGUUGCUCUAACGAAAGCACUUCUGCCUUCCAUGAUUGAGAGGAAACAAGGCCAUGUUGUCGUGAUCAGCAGCAUCCAGGGAAAAAUCAGCAUUCCUUUUCGAUCAGCCUACGCAGCAUCCAAGCACGCAACCCAGGCAUUCUUCGACUGUCUGCGCGCAGAGAUGGAGCAGCAUGAAAUUGACGUGACCGUCAUCAGCCCAGGCUACAUCCACACCAACCUUUCCCUAAAUGCCAUCACUGCUGACGGGUCCCGAUAUGGAGUUAUGGACAAGACCACGACCCAGGGCCGGAGCCCCACAGAGGUGGCCCAAGAUGUCCUUGCUGCCGUGGGAAAGAAGAAGAAAGACGUGAUUCUGGCUGACCUGCUUCCUUUCUUGGCCAUUUACCUUCGAACUCUAACUCCUGGUCUCUUUUUUAGUCUCAUGGCUUCCAGAGCCCGAAAGGAGCAGAAAUCCAAGGACUCCUAG